CAGUUCUCACGUGACUUGGGUGAAAAGCAGUGAUGUGGCGGAAUCUGUCUUCGGUUUCAACUUCUGUAGCAUAGCUGUCUAACUAGCUGGCUAGUGUCUAACAGUUUAGCUGACAAAAUGGACAGCUCUGGGAAAGAAAAAGAAGCAACGGCUCUCAUGGCAGAGGCUGAAAAGAAAGUAAAAUCAUCCCAGUCAUUCUUUGGAUCUUUAUUUGGGGGCUCAUCAAAGCUGGAGGAAGCCUGUGACAUGUAUGCUAGAGCAGCCAAUAUGUUCAAGAUGGCCAAGAACUGGAGUGCUGCAGGGAAUGCCUUCUCCCAGGCAGCUCUGCUCCAUUUGCAGAUGCAAAGUAAACAUGACGCAGCCACCAACUUCAUUGAUGCAGGGAAUGCUUUCAAAAAAGCAGAUCCACAAGAGGCUAUAAACUGUCUGAAUCGGGCCAUUGAGAUCUACACAGAUAUGGGUCGCUUCACCAUAGCAGCCAAACAUCAUAUUACUAUUGCAGAAGUAUAUGAGACAGAUCUGGUGGAUAUUGAUAAGGCUAUAGCCCAUUACGAACAGGCUGCUGAUUACUAUAAAGGAGAGGAAUCUACAAGCUCAGCCAACAAGUGCCUUCUCAAAGUGGCUAUAUACGCUGCUCAACUGGAGCAGUACCCGAAAGCCAUUGAGAUAUAUGAACAGGUUGGAACCAAUGCAAUGGAUAGCACUUUGCUGAAGUACAGUGCGAAGGACUAUUUUUUCAAGGCAGCCCUCUGUCACUUCUGUGUUGACAUGCUAAAUGCCAAGUUAGCCUUGCAGAAAUACGAGGACAUGUUUCCAGCCUUUUCAGAUUCACGAGAAUGCAAACUGCUGAAGAAACUUUUGGAUGCCUUUGAAGAGCAGAACGUUGAUGCCUUUACUGAUGCAGUGAAGGAAUAUGACACUAUCUCACGGUUGGACCAGUGGCUCACAACCAUGCUGCUGCGCAUCAAGAAAACCAUACAGGAAGAUGAGAGUGAUCUUCGCUAAAGGCUCUCACACACACACUCACAGCUGCCUGCCCAGCGACUCUCAUCCCUUGCCCUUGUCUUUUUGGAUCAUUCCCAGAUUUUGCUCUGUGGCACUUUUUAGUGACUUGCAACUAUUGUGACUGUGUUCUGUCAGUUUUUCAAAAACAGCCUUACGUGCCUUCUGUUUCUGAUGAGCCUAGAUUUUUCUUCCCUGAAAGAGCAUCUUCCCAGAGCCUCUCAUUUAUUAGUGCUCCAAAGGAGGUCUCAGCCCAGACCCUUAAGAACACUAACUUUCUUCGACGGAAAUCUGUUGCCAGGGUGAGCAGUGCCUUCAAUCAUGCGUAUCUGCAGCACACUGUUGGGAACUUCAAAGUAGCUCUGAGAAGCUUUGUUAUGUAUUAUCUGAAAAGCAGACAUAGGUCUGAGCACAGCAUAAUUGUCUAUGAAACGUUCUUGUUUGUAUGUUUGUAUUCCAUAAUGUACUUAUUUUAUUUUUUUUGCCACAGGGUGGUAAUCAUAAAUUGCUGAAACAGUCAACUUUGAAAUUUUUUGUGAUGGAUUUGAUUGAAACGAUUAAAAAGGAAAAAUUAA